GAAGCAGGACCGCGCGUCUGCAUCCGCACGAGUCCGCUGAGCCUGCGGCCAUCGUCUGGUGCCCGCCGCCAUGUCAUCCCCUGCGUCGACCCCGAGCCGCCGCGGCAGCCGGCGCGCCCGUGGCACCCACACGCCAACGCGUCAAAGUGAAGAUGCCAGGUUAUCGCCCUCUCAGAGACGGAAGGGUGAGGACUCCACUUCUGGAGAGCUGCAGCCCAUGCCUACCUCCCCCGGUGCCGACCUGCGGAGCCCUGUCGCGCAGGACGCCCUGUUUUCCAGCCCUCAACAGUUGCAUGCUUCAACUAUCCCUCUUGACUUUGACAUUAGCUCUCCACUGACAUAUGGCACUCCCAGCUCUCGAGUGGAGGGAACUCCGCAGAGUGGUGUCCGGGGCACACCCAUGAGGCAAAGACCUGACCUUGGAUCUGCACGGAAGGGGCGGCAAGUGGACCUGCAGUCUGAUGGUCCAACAACAGACGAUUUAGUGGCAAGCGAGCCAUCUCUAGGCCAGAAACUUGUGAUUUGGGGAACAGAUGUAAAUGUGGCCACAUGCAAAGAAAAUUUUCAGAGAUUUCUUCGGCGUUUUGUUGACCUUUUGGCUAAAGACGAAGAAAAUGUUGCCCUAGAUAUUAAAGAGCCUCUAUACAUGCAACGACUUGAGGAGAUUAAUGUUAUUGGAGAACCAUUUUUAAAUGUAAACUGUGAACAUAUAGAAUCGUUUGACAAAACAUUGUACAGACAGCUUCUCUGCUACCCACAGGAAGUAAUCCCAACUUUUGACAUGGCAGUCAAUGAAAUCUUCUUUGAUCAUUAUCCUGACUCAAUAUUAGAACAUCAAAUUCAAGUAAGACCAUUCAAUGCCUUGAAGACUAAAAAUAUGAGAAACCUUAAUCCAGAAGACAUCGAUCAGCUCAUCACCAUCAGUGGCAUGGUGAUCAGAACAUCCCAGUUGAUCCCAGAGAUGCAGGAGGCCUUCUUCCAGUGCCAAGUGUGUGCACACACGGCCCGCGUGGAGAUUGACCGCGGCCGCAUUGCUGAGCCCAGUGUGUGUGAGCACUGCCACACAACCCACAGUAUGACGCUCAUCCACAACCGCUCUGCCUUCUCUGACAAGCAGAUGAUCAAACUUCAGGAGUCUCCUGAGGAUAUGCCAGCAGGGCAGACGCCUCACACGGUCAUCCUUUUUGCUCACAAUGAUCUUGUUGACAAAGUCCAGCCUGGCGACAGAGUGAAUGUCACAGGCAUCUAUAGAGCCGUUCCCAUCCGAGUCAAUCCAAGAGUGAGUAAUGUGAAGUCUGUCUACAAGACCCACAUUGAUGUCAUCCAUUAUCGAAAAACGGAUGCAAAACGUCUACAUGGCCUUGAUGAAGAAGCAGAACAGAAACUUUUCUCAGAAAAACGUGUAGAAUUGCUUAAGGAACUUUCCAGAAAACCAGACAUUUAUGAGAGACUUGCUUCAGCCUUGGCCCCAAGCAUUUAUGAACAUGAAGAUAUAAAGAAGGGAAUUUUGCUUCAGCUCUUCGGGGGAACCAGAAAGGAUUUUAGUCACACAGGAAGGGGCAAAUUUCGUGCCGAGAUUAAUAUCCUCCUUUGUGGUGACCCUGGGACCAGUAAGUCCCAGCUACUGCAGUAUGUCUACAACCUGGUUCCCCGGGGGCAGUACACAUCUGGGAAAGGCUCCAGUGCAGUUGGCCUCACCGCCUACGUGAUGAAGGACCCAGAGACAAGGCAGCUGGUCCUGCAGACUGGCGCCCUUGUCCUCAGUGACAAUGGCAUCUGCUGCAUCGAUGAGUUUGAUAAGAUGAAUGAAAGUACAAGAUCAGUGUUGCAUGAAGUGAUGGAGCAACAAACUCUGUCCAUUGCAAAGGCCGGGAUCAUCUGUCAGCUCAACGCACGCACUUCUAUCCUGGCAGCAGCCAAUCCUAUUGAGUCUCAAUGGAAUCCCAAAAAAACCACCAUUGAAAACAUCCAGCUGCCGCACACAUUAUUAUCAAGGUUUGAUUUGAUCUUCCUCAUGCUGGACCCUCAGGACGAAGCCUAUGACAGACGCCUGGCCCACCACCUGGUGGCGCUGUACUACCAGAGCAAGGAGCAGGCAGAGGAGGAAUUCAUGGACAUGGCAGUGCUACGGGACUACAUCGCCUAUGCACACAGCACUGUCACGCCACAGCUGAGUGAGGAGGCAGGCCAGGCGCUCAUCGAGGCUUAUGUAGACAUGAGGAAGAUUGGUAGUAGCCGAGGGAUGGUUUCCGCAUACCCUCGACAGCUGGAAUCGUUAAUUCGCUUAGCAGAAGCCCAUGCUAAAGUACGGUUUUCAGACAAAGUUGAAGCAAUUGAUGUUGAAGAGGCGAAGCGUCUUCAUCGGGAGGCUCUGAAGCAGUCUGCGACUGACCCCCGGACCGGCAUUGUGGAUAUCUCUAUUCUCACCACAGGAAUGAGUGCCACCUCUCGUAAACGGAAAGAAGAAUUAGCUGAAGCUUUGAAGAAACUUAUUUUGUCUAAGGGCAAAACACCAGCACUAAAAUACCAGCAACUUUUUGAAGAUAUCCGGGGACAAUCUGACAUAGCAAUUACCAAAGACAUGUUUGAAGAAGCUCUGCGUGCCUUGGCUGACGAUGACUUCUUGACAGUGACUGGAAAGACUGUUCGCUUGCUGUGAUGAUGUUGGCAUGAUACUGUGUGCUCUGCUAUCGAUCGUUUCACUUCCUAACGUAUACGUGCAAUUAAUGGACCAAUCAGCUAACACCCCUGCUAUCAGUAUAAUAGGUUGUUAAAGUCACUAUUCCGCUACAUGAAAAUUUUCUAUCCUAGGGAUCAGUUUUCUUAGUGAAGUAUGUUUUCAUUUUUUUUAAGGUUUUAAGUAAAAAUACUGUACCAGUUUACAAACAGAUGUCCAGUAGAGAUUAUUUUCUUGAAGUGCAGUAUCAUAGCAGCAGGGCUUUUUUAUCUUGGUAUGUACAGGUGUGCGUACAUGAGUAGCACUACGUCAUCUCUUGAAGAUGACGGCCUGGGAUCAUGACUUUUUUUGUGCUAGACUUUUUAAUAGCAAUUGUCCGUAUGCUUGAGGCUUUGUAAUAAUAGCAGAUUUAUUAACUAGGGCAUAUACUUGGAUGUGAGUUAAUUGAAAAACUAGGGCCAUGCUCCCUUUCACAGCACCCAAGCGUAAUCCUUUUUAGAGGCUUGUUAUAGCUGCUAUAAGAUCCAAAAGUCAGAAGUGGUUUAAAAGGGUGGUUGGAAAUGAUUUACUUUUGCCACAGACCUUUUCCUAUUAUGUACGCUUUCUUCCUAA